CGCGUUAUAUGAUCGCCUACGCGACGCGUCGUUUACAUCGAGGGUUAGGGUUUAUGAUGAGGAUUUAGUAUACAUAUAUCGCGUCAACAACGUAGCUUACCAAGAACCAACCACUAUAUUCUGGAGCGCUAAACGUUCAAUUGUGGAAAGAAAUUCUAUUAAUUCAACUCCAAUUACCAAGAAACACGAAGAUUAACAAUGUCUGCUGAAAAGAAGCCCGCAUCCAAGGCCCCCGCCGGUAAGGCCCCCAGAGACACCAUGAAGUCUGCUGACAAGAAGCGUGGUAAAAACAGAAAGGAAACUUAUUCCUCUUAUAUCUACAAGGUCUUGAAGCAAGUUCACCCUGAUACCGGUAUUUCCAACCAAGCUAUGCGUAUUUUGAACUCUUUCGUUAAUGACAUUUUCGAGCGCAUUGCCACUGAAGCCUCCAAGCUCGCUGCCUACAACAAGAAGUCUACUAUUUCCUCUCGUGAAAUCCAAACUGCUGUCCGUUUGAUCCUUCCUGGUGAAUUGGCCAAGCACGCCGUCACCGAAGGUACCAAGUCCGUCACAAAAUACUCUUCCUCUGCUCAAUAAAUGCGUUCACCUUGAAACCAAUGAAUUGAACAAUUUGUUGGCAAGUUCCAUUCGCAUAUCCGCGAGUUUUAAUUAUAUUCUACGUGUUUUGUAAACGCGUUCUUUGGUUUACGGUCUGCCUUGAAGAGUCAUUCUGGUUUUUGAAUGGGUUUAUGAUUGGUUAUACAUGACAGGUUCAUGUGGAAGCCCAUAGAACAAAUUCCGUCCAUUCAACGCUGCAUAAAACAAGACGCUUACAAGGAUUAUUAAUCUCCCCGUUCUGCUUCUUUCCCUUUCUGCAUUUUCCUUUUUUAUUAUUUUUUUAACUACGGUACCACUGGUUGGAAAGAUGUUUGUUUCUACUGUUUGUCAUUUCUUGUAUAUAACCUAAAGCACAGAUGAACUUUGCAGCUAGGUUUCUUAUUUUAAUUUCCUUUUUUACUUAACUACUUGAUGAUCCCUUCCUAUCUUGGUUUAUGUGUGCAUGAAUUUUGUUAUACUGUGAUUCAUCAUGAGCUGGGUAUGCUACGGUGUUUGCUUGCAAAUACCUUUUAUAUGCUGAAAGAUUGUAAAGUAAUAAUAUAUUAAUUUGUUUAUGAAAAGCUCAUAUCUGGA